AGGCAGCGCCCAGCGCCGCCGUUGCCAGAGAGUCGGCGGCUGCCGGACGGGGCGGACGUCGGGGCGGCGACUCCCGGCGCAGCCCGGCCCGGCUCCCAGCAGGGGGUGGAGAGGAGGGCGCUAUGGCCGACGUGUUCCCGGGCUCCGAGCCCGGCGCGGCCCCGGACGCGGCGCGGAGGUUCGCUCGCAAGGGAGCCCUGAGGCAGAAGAACGUGCACGAGGUGAAGGAGCACAAAUUCAUCGCGCGGUUCUUCAAGCAGCCCACCUUCUGCAGCCACUGCACCGACUUCAUCUGGGGAUUUGGGAAGCAAGGAUUUCAGUGCCAAGUUUGCUGUUUCGUGGUCCAUAAGAGGUGCCAUGAGUUUGUUACCUUCUCUUGUCCCGGGGCUGACAAAGGACCUGACACUGAUGAUCCCAGAAGCAAGCACAAAUUUAAGAUCCACACAUAUGGAAGCCCAACCUUUUGUGACCACUGUGGGUCUCUGCUUUACGGGCUCCUGCACCAAGGGAUGAAAUGUGACACCUGUGAUAUGAACGUUCACAAGCAAUGCGUAAUCAACGUCCCAAGCCUCUGCGGCAUGGAUCACACCGAGAAGAGAGGAAGGAUCUACCUGAAAGCUGAAGUCACAGGUGACAAGCUGGAAGUCACAGUGCGGGAAGCCAAGAACCUCAUUCCCAUGGAUCCGAACGGACUCUCAGAUCCUUAUGUUAAGCUGAAGCUGAUCCCAGAUCCCAAGAACGAGAGCAAACAGAAAACCAAAACCAUCCGUUCCACCCUGAACCCAGACUGGAAUGAGUCGUUCACAUUUAAGCUGAAGCCUGCAGACAAGGAUCGACGGUUAUCCGUGGAGGUCUGGGACUGGGACCGGACAACCAGGAAUGAUUUCAUGGGAUCUCUGUCAUUUGGGGUGUCAGAGCUUAUGAAAAUGCCAGCCAGUGGAUGGUACAAGCUGCUGAAUCAGGAGGAAGGUGAAUAUUACAAUGUCCCCAUCCCAGAUGCUGAUGAGGAUGGAAACGCAGAGCUGCGGCAGAAGUUUGAGGACUGUCAUGUAAAUAUCCACUUCUUCCAGGGUAAAAGAAGUGGCCAAGAUAAGAAAGCCAAACUUGGGCCAGCUGGUAACAAAGUCAUUACUCCAACAGAAGACAAGAACUCAAGUGUGCCAUCCAACAAUCUGGACAGGGUGAAGCUGUCAGACUUCAACUUUCUCAUGGUUCUUGGAAAGGGGAGCUUUGGAAAGGUGAUGCUGGCAGACAGGAAGGGGACAGAGGAGCUCUAUGCAAUCAAGAUACUGAAAAAAGAUGUGGUGAUUCAGGAUGAUGAUGUGGAGUGCACAAUGGUUGAAAAACGAGUCCUGGCCCUGCCAGACAAACCACCCUUCCUGACACAGCUGCACUCUUGUUUCCAAACAGUUGACCGCCUGUACUUUGUGAUGGAGUACGUGAACGGGGGGGAUCUCAUGUAUCACAUUCAGCAAGUAGGAAAAUUCAAGGAGCCACAAGCCGUGUUCUAUGCAGCUGAGAUCUCAAUUGGGUUAUUCUUCCUCCAUAACAAAGGGAUCGUUUAUAGAGAUCUGAAAUUAGAUAAUGUGAUGUUGGAUUCAGAAGGCCACAUAAAAAUUGCUGACUUUGGAAUGUGCAAAGAGCAUAUGUUAGACGGGGUAACCACCAGGACCUUCUGUGGCACUCCAGACUACAUUGCACCAGAGAUCAUUGCAUACCAGCCCUAUGGGAAGUCAGUGGACUGGUGGGCGUACGGCGUGCUGCUCUAUGAGAUGUUAGCUGGCCAGCCUCCCUUCGAUGGAGAAGAUGAAGAUGAACUCUUCCAGUCCAUAAUGGAACAUAAUGUUUCCUAUCCCAAAUCCCUGUCAAAAGAAGCUGUCUCCAUCUGCAAGGGGCUGAUGACUAAACAUCCUGCAAAACGCCUUGGCUGUGGCCUGGAAGGUGAAAGAGACAUCAGGGAACAUGCUUUCUUCAGGAGAAUUGACUGGGAAAAACUGGAAAACAGAGAGAUUCAGCCACCUUUCAAGCCUAAAGUGUGUGGCAAAGGUGCUGAGAACUUCGACAAGUUCUUCACGCGGGGCCAGCCGGUGCUGACACCUCCGGACCAGCUGGUCAUUGCCAACAUAGACCAAACAGAUUUUGAAGGCUUCUCUUAUGUCAACCCCCAAUUUGUACACUCCAUGGUAGAAAAUGUAGCAUGAAACGACCCAACAGGAACAAAUCCCACAGCAGGGAAUGGUUUUUAACCCUACAGUUUUUAAGCUUUUGCCUUCUCGAUUCCAUCUGGGCCUGGAAAUUGUAGGGUUAGAUGGGGUAAGGUUUGGGGUGGGGGUGGGGGGAAGGGGGAGGCCACUUUUUGAGGAUUUGGGCUUUUCAGCAGAGAUGUGUUGUCUUCAUGGGAGAUGAAUUAGUGUAUGGUGCCCACUUACUCUUCUAGAAGUCACCACUGACUUGUCUAAACUUAGCCCUUUUUUGGUACGUUAGAGAGUUUUGUAUCUUCCCACUGCCCUCUCGCUCCCUUUCCCCCUUUGCUGUGUUAGAAACACUCUAACAUGUGGUCUGGAAAGCAAAAAGCUAAAUCCUAACCCCCAAUAUUUCAUCCUUGUGGGGAGGGGAGAUAACAGUGCUCAACCCUAAGGGACUGCUCCUCCUUGCUCUGCCCCACUGCCUUCGGGGAGCUUCGGGGAGCUCAGCAAUGUGAGGCACUGAAGCAGCAGCCCAGGGAA